AUGAGUAGUAGUAAUAAACUUGAUAAUCAGAGUGAGAUUUUAUCAUCAUUAACAAAACAACACUCAUCAUUGAAACCAGAAGAUGGAACAACACUCUUCACCGUUAUGCCAAAUGAAUUAAUAGUAACGGUUUUCGAAUAUCUCAGGCCAAUCCAUAUUGUCUAUUCUUUUCAUUCAUUGAAUGCCCGUUUUUCUGCUCUAAUCGCAAGACACAUGAAAAAUGUUGAUCUCUGCAAUGUCGCUCCAUCUGUCUUGGACGUUGUUCGACCACUCAUCUCUCAAAGUGUUAUUUCAUUAAAAACUGAUUGUAAUCUGUUUUGGAAUAUGAAAGAUUUGUAUGGAUUCGAAAUCAAACGACCGUACCGUGACUGUGUGCGUCGUCAACGCAUUGCUUCUUUUCGUGGUUGUAAUUUUAGUAUUAAGCCAGAGUAUGAGUGGCAUAAACCAGUGCCAUAUGCGACCGGCAGUAAAUCUUUCAGUAGUCUGUUCCCGUCUCUUCAAAAUCUUUGGAUCAGAUACGAAACAGAGGAUGAUGUACGUCAAGUAUUACUGGCACAAAUUCCAUCACUGAAGCGUUUACAAAAAUUGAAGUUGGAAACAAAAAGUAGUGCUCCCUUUGACGGCAUUCCAAAUCAAUUUCUCCAAGAAGUUAUCUUUACAUCGGAUUCGAAAGUCCAAGAUAUUUCAAUCUACCGCUGUACACAGUUGCGUGACAACAUGUUAAAGAAAUUUUGUCCAGCUAACAAUCUAACAUCACUGGAUAUCGAACUGUUCUCUGAAGAUGAUGUGUUCAUCUUAUUCAACUAUUUGCCAAACAUUGUUAGUUUUGCUUGCGAAAUAAAUCAGAGAAGAGAAAUGUCCUCCUCUUCCCGUAUAGCGACACCUACAGCCGCAGCAACUCCACUUCUCAAGAAAUUCAGCUUGGGCGCCUAUCAGGGUGCUGAUUUCUAUUUGAUUGCUUCUCUAUUAAAAACACGCACAUCAUUAGAAUUUUUAUCUCUGGAUUUUCCUGUUCACCUUCGGAAUAAUGAUGCACCACUGGAUGGCAAUACGCUUCAAAAUGAAUUAUUACAAUACCUGACAAAACUGCAAAUAUUUCAGUUCGAUUUACGUGUUGAAAUGAAACGUUCAGGCACAACUAAAGUCGUUGACCUAGACAGAAUUAUAUCAACAUUUCAAAACCACUUCUGGCUGGGAGAACAUAAUUGGAAUGUAAGUUAA